AUGAAUCAAGUAUUUCGAAAGUACUGUAUUUUAAUCAUAUGUUUUGUGAUUUCCAAUCAAUGUAUUGGACAACAAAUACGAGUGUUUGAAAGUGCAAAAUGUAAUAAAGACUCAUAUUUUGUGAAUGUAUUAAAGCCUGAAAUCCAAUCUAAGGCUCCGGUUGUGAACAGAAUUAUUCAAUUCAUACUGAAUUCAAAUGAAAGAAAUAAAACAUACGAAGAAUUGGCAGAAUUUGUCGAUACGUUUGGCGGAAGACUAUCCGGUUCUCCAGCACUGGAAAACUCAACCGACUAUUUAAUCGCAAAACUUCAAAAUGAAAACCUCGAUCACGUAUACACUGAGGAUGUUUUAGUGCCAAAAUGGGAAAGGGGUACAGAAUGGGCCCAAAUGGUUGAGCCCCGCGCUCAACGAUUGGGGAUAUUAGGUAUGGCCGGAAGUGCGAGUACACCAAAGGGUGGACUCAAAGCCGAAGUACUCGUCUGUAAUUCAAUGGAGGAAUUAAAUGAUAUCUCAAAUGACAAAAUCAAAGACAAAAUCGUUUUAUUGAACACCAAUCGAGUGAACGGAUCGUAUAUUAAAUUCAAAUUAGACGGCACUCGUAUGGUAGCCGAUGGGGGAGGGGUAGCCGUUAUGUUCAGGUCGUACGCCAAGGAUACGGUAUACUCGCCCCACGCGGGGAUAAUUAGGUACUAUUCAAAGGACACACAAAUACCAGUCGUCAGUAUAGCGGCCGAAGACUCGGACUUAUUGCACAGAUUAAGCAAAAGAGGUGUCAAAGUAAUGGUUAAUCUCCAUCUGGAGUCCACUUUCUAUGGUAUGACACGAUCGAGGAAUUUGAUGGCAGAUCUGGUUGGCACUCAAUAUCCGGGUGAAUCAGUGGUGGUGAGCGCCCAUCUGGACAGUUGGGAUGUGGGACAGGGAGCUAUCGAUGACGGGGCCGGCGUUUUUAUAUCAUGGCGAGCGCUGUCAUUAAUUAAAAAGUUGGGAUUAAAGACCAAAAGGACUUUAAAACUAAUCCUCUUUACCGGUCAUGAGAUGGGAAGGUUUGGAUCCAAGGCUUACGUUGAGAAACACUCGCAAAAUCUGCAAAACACAAGUGUAAUACUGAACUCAGAUUACGGAACCUUCCGACCCUUUGGACUGACACUAUCCGCCCGUAAUACCAGAGCUCAAUGUAUUGUCUACGAAGUGCUGCAACUCCUUCACAAAAUCAAUGCCACAGAACUAGUGGUCGGAAAGAGUUAUGACUUAACACAGAGCGACGGAAAUGAGUUCAUGAGGGCUGGUAUCCCAGCAUCGGGUCUACUCAACGACAAUACAAAGCACUGGUAUUACUCGCACACAAACGCGGACACAAUGAGUGCAAUCAACCCCUACUAUCUGGACCUGUGCUCAAUCGUAUGGACCGCCGCCUCCUAUGUUUUGGCCGAUUUGACCGAAAUGUUGCCAAAAGACUAA